CGCUUCGUGAAUACGGAGCCGCUCGGCCGGAUUGCACAAUAUCCGCAAGAAGCGGUGCAGUCAGACAACACAGGGGCUGGCGCAACUGGCUAGCUAGCUGACCACUUGAAAUGGACGUGUUCUUAAUGAUCCGGCGUCACAAGACCACAAUCUUCACGGAUGCCAAGGAGUCCACCACUGUCUACGAGCUGAAACGCAUUGUCGAAGGAAUACUUAAGAGAACGCCCGAAGACCAGAGGCUCUACAAAGAUGACCAGUUGCUAGAGGACAGCAAAACUCUUGGUGACUGUGGAUUCACCAACCAGACCGCCAGACCUCAAGCCCCAGCUACAGUUGGUCUGGCCUUCCGCAUAAAUGAUGAGAUGUUCGAACAGCUGCACAUCGAGGCCUUCUCCAGCCCCCCAGAACUCCCCGAUGUGAUGAAGCCUCAAGACUCUGGUAGCACUGCCAACGAACAGGCUGUGCAGUGAUGACAGGCGGAGGAAACGAGCAAUGCAGAGAAGGAUGGAAGUGGGUGUGUGUGGAUUAACUGCAGUGGAGAAGUAGCGAGGUGGAGGAUAUGUAAUAUAAUUUCAUUUGAUGGAUUGGGACGUUCUUGGUAACCAAACCUAUCCAUGUUACCUUCAUGCUAUCAUCCCAGCAUCUCCCCCCUCCAAUUUGCUUCACGAGUCAUUUUUUUUAACUCUUUAUGAUUUCCACAUCACACGCGGUUCUGCUCCUUGACUUUGCUCUUAAAUGCCGACUGGCUCAAGCUUUUUGAGUGAAGAAGUUGGUUCGGAAAGUAUGACUGUGUGUGUGCGUGUGCGCGUGUGAGUUAUUAUAAUUAUUAUCAUUAUUAUUUUGGAAAAAAAGUUGAAGACGUAGUCAUGUGUCACAGUGCUCUAGAAGUAACAUGCAUAGGUAAGGAGAUCGGCGUCUGAAUCAGCAAAACUGCAUGAUCGAUUCAAAACAAAAGGCUUUAUUUUGACAGAAACUGAUAAACCUUCAACUGCUAAGUUUCCUUGCCGUGAUUCUCCAGUUUUGUUGUACAUUUCUGAUUUGAUUUCAUACCAGGAAAGUCUUUAUAAUAACUGUGUUAAGUUUUUUUGUUGUCAUUUUGUUUUUUCAGUAUGUUUCACUUGUCAGUUCUUUGUUGUAUGUUUCAUGCACUGCGACCAAAGACAGGUACCUCUUUGACAACAGAGGGAUUUUUUUUGGUCAAAUGACAUUUUGUCUGUGGCAUACAGUAUAUAGUACACAGGAGGAGUUUUGAAAAAGAAAAAGAAAAAAGAAUGCAUACAUCACCACGUCACCAACAUCAAUGUGGCACCUUCCCCCUUAAUCACACAAACAUAGCCUGUAACUGUGAGCUUGCUUAAUUAAAAGUUUUUCCUGUUUUGUUUUUUACA